AUGGGCAUUCCUGCUGGUCCUGGAAGUGCUCUGUCCACGGAGGUAUCCGUUCAGGAUCGCAACGCGCUGCCUCAGUACGGCUUCGGCCCGGAGGUCGAGUUUGACAAGCUCGUCAGCAGCAACCCGUUCCUCUUCCGGGUGCACACGCCGCGCGAGCUCUCCCCAUUCUAUGACCGCACAGAUCCGUACUUCGUCGGUCCUCGGUUCGAGGAAGACUUCGCGUCGUCCAGCUUCUCGUCCCAGAGCGAGUCCUCGCCGUUCCGCAGCCCACCCGCACCCUCCUAUGCCGACGCCGUGCAGCACAUGGACUGGACAAGCCGUUCGUCUUCUCCGUAUGUCUCGACGUCGUUCAGUUUUGCGUGGGCCAUCUGGGAGGCGACGAGGAGAUACCACCACAACAUGAAGCACUCCAUCGAGAUCGCGAUCAUAGAUGCCCGCGCCGUCGCAGGACGCGCUGUCACGGCAGUCGAGCUGCUCAGGCAAGCGGAUGCGAAGGAUCGUCACACGGACCACUGGAAGUGGUACCGCUUUGCACUCGAGGCGCAGGACGUCCUCGUCUGGGGCUACGUCCCGGGCACGGCCGUGCUGGCCUCUGUACCUCUAACGCAGAUGUUCACCAAGCUGCCUUCUUACUUCCUUCUCCCUGAUGCGCCGACGCCCACCAACGGCAAGGACACAUCCCUCUCGCGACUAGCCUGGGACUACACACGCAAGAAGCCAAGCUACCGACAGUUCUGCCAGGAGAUGUCUGACCGCUUCCUGCGCAUGCCAGUGGACCGCCGCAUGCGGGACACCACCGCCGGCUCCGUCCGUCUCGCCCUCUGCCAUCUGCGCCCAUGGUUCCACCGGCUCGCGCUCGAGGACUUCACGACCGCGACGGUGACCGCGUGCGAGCUCGCGUUCGUCAUCGCACGCUGGAGCGGGCAGUGGUGGGUGCGGGAGCACCCCGAGAUCCAGGGCCUCGUGCGGUGCAUGGUGCACAUCAUCGGCGAGGAGGUGCGCGAGGCGCGCAGGGUGCAGGCCCUCGCGGACGCGACGCGCAUGCAGGAGAUCGUCGGCGGCCUGGAGCAGCUCGCGCAGCGGUACCAGAUGCGCGAGCGCAUACGCAGGUGUCUCCCGCCGAGCUCGAAGGCGACGCCCGUCGAGACGAAGCCCGCGCUCGACCUGCUCAUACCCAGCCCCGGUACUGCGACUACCGUCGCCGCUGUCACGGCCCUGUCUGGCCUGGACGUGGAGAGGGCGGCGCUUGGUUUCGCGGAAGAAUCGGCGGAGGAACUCGAAGACGAGGCGGCACCCGGGUUCGAGUCCAGGACGGACGCGUUCGCGUGGUCCGCGUCUUGCCUGCUGACGGGCAUCUUUAUCGGCACGUUCUUCACGCUCUGCCUCUUCGCGCCCGACCGGAGGGCCUUGGCGCACCAUCUCGUAUGA